GGAUUUUUUCCUUCAUUUUCUAAAAAAGUGUAUGUGGCAAUGGAAUAAAAUAGGUUAGAUUUGCUCUAGGAGGGUAGGUUGAGUGCAGUUUGAGAAAAUUAGUUGAACUGAAGUGUGAUUAGCCUGAUUGUUUUUAUAAAGUAAUUAAAUCUGUAGCUUUAAUCAGAAAGAUGCAAAUUCUUUGAUGGAAGGAGAAACAAAGGGGUGAGGACUUCAAAUCUGAUCAGGGAAGUUGACUUUAAUACAGAUGAAUUGAAAGCCUGGGCCUCUUAUAAACAAGGUAAACUUAGAUGAACAGUCUGGAGGGAGAAGUGUUACCACCUGAUUUGGUUAAAGCUACUCGGAAGGUGGUGGCUCUAUAAGCAGAGGCUUACUGGUGGCCUGAUCUAGAAGUGGACAGAUUUGUGGCCCCUUAUCUUCAGAGGCUGCCAGCUGAUACGGAUACCUAAGUCCACAGGAACAUGAGAGGUUUUCUCAAGUUCUGGAAGUAGCAGGGCAUUUGGUUGCUAACUGACCUGAAAGUUGUGCUCUACCUUGGAAAGAUCUGCAGUGGGAGACAUUCACCUUCACAUACCCCACAGUUCUCUGCAUCAGAAGAAAGGAACUUCAUGUGCAAGAGUGGUUCAAGAUGAUGAUGUAAUGUUGAUAACACUGAAGGUCUCCCAAGAAUAACUGAUUUUGUAAGAGGCUUCUCCCUCCCCUCCCCCUUCCUUUUUUUUUUCUUUUUCUUUUUUUUUUUUUAACUUCCUCUCUCAGAAACUACAAGCAAGAUGCCAGCCAAGACACCCAUCUACUUGAAAGCUGCUAACAAUAAGAAAGGGAAGAAAUUCAAACUAAGGGAUAUCUUAUCUCCUGAUAUGAUCAGUCCACCACUUGGAGAUUUUCGUCACACCAUACACAUUGGAAAAGAGGGACAACAUGAUGUUUUUGGAGACAUCUCCUUUUUGCAGGGCAACUAUGAGCUAUUGCCUGGAAAUGAAGGAGAAACCAGAGUUAGCCAGUCUGGUGGCCACAAUGAAUUCUUAAGGGCAAACAGCACUUCUGAAUCCAUGUUUACAGAAACUCCAUCGCCAGUGCUCAAAAAUGCUAUUUCCCUUCCUGCCAUUGGGGGUUCUCAAGCCCUUACAUUGCCCUUACUGUCACCAGUGACAUUUAAUUCAAAGCAAGAAUCCAUCAGGUCAUCGAGAAAUGCUAGGCUUAGCUGUGAGCCAGUAAUAGAAGAAAAAUUGCAGGAGAAAAGUAAGCAGAUGGAGGAUGGAGAAACAUACAAAGAUGACAUAUGGGAGCAAAAUGGUUCUUCUUCACAUUUUACUAAUGGUAGAGACAGUCACUCAUCCAGCUUUUCUGAACGAUGCACUGAUUGGCAAACAGUUGAUUUAUUUGAUGACAGUCGACUUUCACGUGAACUAACCGAGACAAAGACUACGUCAGAAGAAUCCCUUUCAGAUCUUGCAGGCUCUCUUCUCUCAUUACAACUUGACUUGGGACCUUCACUUUUGGAUGAAGUCCUCAAUGUAAUGGACAAGAAUAAAUCUUAGAACUGGUACUCCCUUGCUUCUUUACAAGUGAUUCACUUAAACAAACAAAAAAAACAUAUUCCGAAAGUAGAGACACUUAAAAAUCAGCUGUGUUUGCAGUUGUUUGACGGGUUUUCUAAAAAUAUUCUUAAAAUGCUAUUUUUUUACCUAUUGUUUUUCAUGAUUUUUAUUACACUAAAUUCUCAUAGCAGGAAGCUAAAUUUUAAUAAGUUUUCAGCAAAUAUAGAAUGUUUUUAAGUACCAGUAUUAAUGAUCAGAAACUUAAGAAACAGUUUGAGGAUGAUACCGAUUGUGACAUUUGGUUAGUUCACUUCUAUGGGCUUCUGAAUAUAUGAGAAUCUCUAAGUGUCAGAAAGGAGACUGAUAUUAAUUAUUGACUUUUAUAAAUUAUUAUGACAUCACUUUACAUGUAGGCCUCUUUCUAGAACCUUGUGUUUGGGGGUUUGAUAGUGUUUUUCUUCAUUUUCUAUAGUACCAUUUUUGUUAUAACUUCACUGUAACUACUUUCUUGGUCUUAUACUACCACUCUGUAUUCAGAUGUGAACAGUUUGAAGGCUUUUUCAGCUUGAACACCUGGUCCAGAGUCUCAGCUGCUUUAAAUGAAUAUGCACAAAUUUACACAAGUUAAGGCUUGGGCCUGACAUUGUAUAUGAAAUGAUAUGUUGUAAACAGGUGAUACAUGCAAGAUGAUAUGGUUAAAUUAUUUUAAAAGUUGAAAUAUAUUUUUUGUGUGCAUAUUGGCUUUUUACUGCAGAGCCUAUACAUACAGUAUCUCUUCAAAAUAGUUGCUUGGCAUUAUUGGUGCUCUUCUGAAAAUUGUAUAUUUGUGUGUUUGAAAAGAAGUAUGUAUUGAUACUCCUUGCUUUUUUUCUUCAUUUAUUGCCACACAUGCUUAAACUUGCAACCAAUUAUUUUAAUUUUUGAAGCAGGCACUGGUUAUUCACAAUGCUUGUGAUGUGUGCUGCAACAGCCAAUGUUUUGGGAAAUGUGGAUCCUUUAAUACAGUACCUACAUGGAUUGCAUAGAUAUCUUGUGCAAUACAAUAAAAAAACCCUUUAAAUUGC